GUAGAUGAAGAUGACGUGCAUAAGUGCGGCCGCUGCCAGUCGGAGUUCACCUCCUUGGAAGAAUUUGUGCAACACAAAUUACAAAAGGUCUGCCAGCGAGCUCCAGAAGCUCUCGCUGCUGCAUCAGCAGGUCUCCUCAACCAAGAAGUACAAAAGGUCGUUCCUUCUGUCGAGGAGUCGAUAACUGUUGCUCAUAUAGUUGUUGAAGCAUCUUCAAUAGCAGAGGAAAUCAGCAACGCAUCUGCUAUAGUAGGUAGUGGGCACAUCAAAGAAGUCAUUGUUGCAGGAGACCACGUUUUUGAAAACCCAAAUGGUCAUGUCGAUGGCGAAGUCACUGAAGAGCAAGGCAACCCUGAAGAUCAGGAGCAGGACAUUGCCACAGAACUGAUAAAGGUUAAGCUGCUGAUUAACAAAGAAGGGCGAUAUGUAUGUGAAUUAUGCCAGAAGACGUUUAAAACAGCAAGCAUCCUCAAAGCUCACAUGAUCACGCACAGCAGCAGAAAGGACUAUGAAUGUAAACUCUGCGGGACUUCCUUCAGGACAAAAGGGUCUCUGAUUCGACACCAUCGGCGUCACACUGAUGAAAGACCUUACAAAUGCAAGAAAUGUGGGAAAAGCUUCCGGGAAUCUGGAGCUUUGACUCGGCACCUGAAAUCUCUGACACCUUGCACUGAAAAAAUCCGCUUCAACAUGAACAAAGAAAUAGUAGUCAAUAAAGAUGAUUUGCCAACAGGAUCCUGUAGUUCAAACACGGACACUGUUUCAUCAAUAGCGAGUGAAUCCAUUGAGGCCUCGCCCGUCAUUCAUCUCGUGACAGAUGCAAAAGGCAACGUUCUUCAUGAAGUCCACGUCCAAAUGCAGGAACUUCCUGUUGUAGAUACAAAAUCCCUGGACCAAGAUCAAUCGCAUCCUGAGGAGCUGCCGUGUGAGGGGGAAGUGAACAGUGAGAAUCUGCUGAGGCAGGCCAUGAGGAAUUCGGGUAUUGUGAUAGAGAGAGUCGCUAUGGAGGAAAUGCAAAAGCCAGAUGAGCCUGCUGUGGCUGCUACAGAAGAAAUAGAAAAUGAAGCAGUGGAAGCAGAAGAGGAGCUGUGUGAGGAACAGUGUGUUGAAGUAGAACAAGUGGAGUCGACAGAUGCAGAAAGAACAAAUGGGUACAAAAGUUACGUUUGCCCUCACUGUAAUGAAGCCUUCAGUGAAGUGACUUCCCUUGAAACACACAUCAAAGGUCAUUUAGAUUACAAGCCUUUUAAGUGUGAGGAGUGUGGCAGAGAGUUCACAAAGGGCUAUCUGCUAAAAAAGCAUCAAGAAGUGCAUGUGAAUGAACGGCGCUUCCGCUGUGGAGAGUGUGGCAAGCUCUACAAGACCAUUGCACAUGUGAAGGGGCAUCGAAGAGUGCAUUCUGAUGAGCGGCCGUAUUCCUGUCCAAAGUGUGGCAAGCGGUACAAGACAAAGAAUGCCCAGCAAGUUCAUUUCCGUACGCAUUUAGAGGAUAAGCCUUAUGUCUGCCAGUACUGCAGUCGGGGCUUUCGGGAAAAGGGCUCGCUGGUCCGCCACAUCCGCCAUCACACGGGGGAAAAGCCUUUUAAGUGUUACAAGUGCGGGCGAGGGUUUGCAGAGCACGGCACUCUCAACAGGCACUUAAAAACCAAAGGUGGCUGCCUCCUUGCUUUGAAAGAGGUGGAAGAAGUGAUCAUGUCUGAGGAAAGUCAGUCAGCUGACAAUUUAGCUGCAACAGUCAUUUCUGAAGAUCCUCACACUGUUUUGGUAGAGUUUUCUUCAGUGGUGGCGGACACUCAGGAAUACAUCAUUGAGACUGCUACAGAAGACAUUGAGACCAGCGAAGCUACUGAAAUAAUUGAGGGAACAAGACAUGAGGUUGACAGCCACAUUAUGAAGGUUGUGCAACAAAUAGUAAAUCAAGCAAACUCUGGUCACCAGAUCAUUGUACAGAACGUCACCGUGGCAGAAAACUCUGAAGUAACCACAGAUGCUGCGGACACCAUCACCAUUGCGACCCCCGAAAGCCUCACAGAGCAGGUCGCUAUGACGCUGGCUUCCGCCAUCGGAGAAGGAACAGUGCUGACUACGGAGGGUAGCAUCGAGACCGAAGAAGCAACGGUGACGAUGGUGGCAUCUGAGGAUAUUGAAAUAAUGGAACAUGCAGGAGAGUUUGUGAUUGCCUCUGAGGAGGGGGAGGUGGAAGUCCAGACUGUGAUUGUGUAAUGAACAGCAUGCAGCUAGUGACAGAUGUUAAAUGUAAAACUUACUAUUUUUCUCCUAUUUGGGGAAUUUGAUCAGUCCUAAGUUUGCCAUUAUAAUUGUUCAGAAAGCAAGGGAGAGAAUGCUUCUAUAGGUAAGUGGCUUAACAGGAUGGUACAGCCCCACGAUGUUUUCUGUUUAAAAUGGAAAUAACAGUAGUUUAAAACCUCUGCAUGGUUAUACUGUGGAAGUGACUGAUAGGCCGUAUUUGACAGUCUUGGCAUUUUGUACAGCUGCCUCAAAUAAAGGAAGAUCCUUUGCAAAGCAUUUACCUCUGACCACAGGACAGUAGUGUUCUGGUAUUUAAAAGGAUUCAGAAAGUGAAGCAAAUACAUAGGGUCUCUUUAAGAGAGUACCUUAAUAGUAUGCAUUUAAAACAAACCAAGAAAACCAAACCUAAGGAGUUCUGGUGUGCAUUCACCACCGCUCAAAAACUUUCAUGCCUUUAACCUCACUACUUUAGUCCUCCUAAGGCAUGGUACUGCAGUAUUUUUCUUUUCUUUUCUUUUAUAUCCUGGACAAAUAGCCUUAUAUACUGGUCUAUGAAAGAAUGCAUCAUUGUACCCUUGCAAUGCCAGACAGGCUACUCUGAGAGCUAGUCUGUUGGUAUGUAAAGCCAUACUGUAUAUGAUUUUUUUUUUUUUUAAACCAUAUACGGAUUUUUAAUUGCAUAUUGUACAGAUGCGGCAUGUAAAUAAAUACAUUUUUAAAAAUAAAGUUAUUUAAAGUUCUUACUAUAUUUUUCCAAUUUCUGCUCUAUUAUCACUCAGAAGAAUUUCUGAGAAGAGAACAGGGCCACCUAACAUAGUGCUUAAAUUAAGAGACCCUCACCGCUGGGUGAGUCAAACAUGCUGUUUUUCCCAGAGCCAGCACAAGCCUCUAAAAGCAGCCAGUACAGCGAUGCUUUGGAGAUCUCUGAAGCGAUCCUAAGUUGGAAGGAUUUCAGAAGGCCGCUUGCAUAGCUGCAAGUAUACUUUUGUCCUCUGCUGUUAAGGCAGAGGGUUUUCUUGAGGGACACCGAUGAAUUGCCUUUCAGUGUUCACCUAGAGAAUCCCUGUACAGAGGUGGAAGACCAUGUCACUGCUGUGCUUUUGAAGUGGCCUGUUCAGUGAUUGUGGGUGGGCAGCCCUAGAAACAGCUUCAGCAACUGUAACUUCCCCUGCUGCAAAAUGCCCAAAAUACUAAGAAACACCUAAGACGUGGUUGAGCCUCUUGCUGUGAACAGGUAUAUUGAACAAUGCAAUAAAGAUGAGAAACACCAGAAGGAUUAAGUCUAAUCUGCCAGGACCUGUAUGUCCAAAGCUCAGUAUCAAAUUUCUGAUACCCUUUUCAGGAUGCUGAAAUUCUGCCCAGAAGUCCACCAUUUUCAUGACUUUAAGGCUGAAAUGGUAUCUUAAUUUGAACGAGCUGAAAAUAGGUAUCAAGAAAGAGACUUAGCAGGUAAGGAGAAGUAGCACUUGUAGUAGUUUCCUUUCUGAAAUUAAGGUGCUCCAUACUACUACGAAUUUGCAGUAGAACAUGGUUUCUCCAGGUUAAGAUUCUGCCAGUAAUCAUGGGGUUUUUCAGCUACAUACAUGCAACCUAUUGUACUUAAUGGUAAUGGGUUAAUAAUUUGCAAAACAAAGAUAAAAAAGAUGAUGCUUCCUCAAAGUUCAUAGCAGCUCUUUGUUAGCUCUUACCUUGCAAGCGCACACACAGAGAAAAAGAUUCAUUUCAGUAAGAUGGACCAAACUUCCCUCUCCAUACCAGCAAAUUCAAUACUGGUCCCUCUAACAGGGAAACAGAAGACUGAGCUUAAACUCAGAGAUCUCACCAAGUGAAGUCUCUUAAAUAGUGCUCUGCUUUGGCAUCGUUAAUCAGAAUACUGCAGUCAGCUGUGAGUUACUCUUUUCCUUCAGGGGAAAAAAAAUGUGAAUAAUUGACAAAUAAGUGCCACUUCCACAAGUGUGACAUUGCUAGAUUCCUGUAAAGUCUCCUGCAGGAAGACCUACUUAAGACAUACCAAAGUAACUUAGGAACUCAGUUUGCCUAAUAUACAGUGGUAUAUAUUAUGCAGCGUACAAAACAGUAACCAUAAAAAAAGUUCCUUGUGUAUGUGUUCCUUAAGUGAACCUAACUCUAGUCCAGCUUGCUUCUGUACUGUCAUUGUGUCUGAAAAGACUAACAGGCCACUGUCACAACUGGUACGAGUAGUGUUACAGACAAACUUGGAAGAACUCUAGUUUUUUGGAAGACUGGUCAGCUUUGUGAAAACAGUUUCCAGUUACUUAACUGACAUACAGUAAUCUGUUCACAGAAGUUGUCUGGGGCUUCAAAGCACACUGCUGAAAUAAAGUCUUACAAA